AUGAGGGCUGAAGACAAGUACAAAUUAUUUCUUGCCUUGGGAAUGGUGAUAACAGGCUCGAUCAAUACGAUCUCGACGAAGUGGGCGGACAACCAACGAGCAAUCGGAAAACCCGAAUUUCCCGAGCACGAUUUCGAUCAUCCCUUUCUCCAGGCAGUCGGCAUGUUCAUUGGAGAAUUUACCUGCUUGAUCGCCUUUCAAAUUUGGAGACGGUUCAACAAGAAGAAAGUCGAGGAAGGCGAAAUCGAUGUUGGAUCCGACGACUUCAGUCCGUUUCUGCUCUGCCUCCCCGCGUGCUGCGAUAUGCUCGGGACAUCAACAAUGUAUUUCGGCUUGACGCUGACAUUUGCAAGUUCGUUUCAAAUGUUGCGCGGCGCUGUCAUGCUCUUCACUGCGAUUUUCUCUGUCAUCUUUCUCAAGGCGAUAAUCCAAAUGUUUCGUUGGGCUGGAAUCGGCGUCGUCAUCGUUGGUCUCGCUGCAGUUGGCGUUUCCGACAUGUUAAAGGAAAUUCACAAUGGUGGUGGAAAAGACCUCAGCCACGUUUUAAUCGGAGACGGACUGAUCAUCGCUGCACAGGUUAUCGUGGCUGCGCAAAUGGUCAUUGAGGAGAAGUUCGUCAAUGGCAAGAACAUCCAUCCAUUAAGAGCAGUCGGCUGGGAAGGCUUCUUCGGGGCUUGUAUCCUAUCAAUUCUCUUGGUUCCUUUCUACUAUAUUAUCUUGCCGCCUAACUUCUGCUCUGAUCCUUUUGAACCGGCACUCAACGGCUCUUGCAGAUUGGAAGACGCGAUCGACGGCUUGAUGCAAAUGGGCAAUAACGGCAUCAUCGUUGCCGGUGUUGUGAUGAAUAUCUUGUCGAUCGCAUUCUUCAACUACUUCGGCCUCUCCGUCACAAAGACGCAAUCUGCCACUACUCGAAUGGUGUUGGACUCGAUCCGUACGGUCGUCAUUUGGGCUUUCACGCUCGCUGUCGGGUGGGAAACUGUUUCAAUUUAUACGAUUCCACAAGUGUUUGGCUUCAUGUUCCUGAUCUUCGGAACAUGUCUCUACAACGAUUUGGUCAUCCGACAAGCCUGGUACAAGUACGUCCUAAAGAAGCCUUUCCCCACGGACGAUGAUGAUCAGGAGCCAAUUCUCGAAGAAGGAGAUGACAAUCCAAACUACGACGCCAUAGGCGACGAAGACUAA